AUCAAUUAAGCAGGAAACUACGGAAAGAAAAUGCGCUUACAUUUAUGUUCUUCAAUUUUUCUAGAACAACAUGGUUCUGCAAUAGUCAACCUUUUAUCGCACACUUGUAGGUACUUAAAAGAAAGACAACAUUAAUAUAUAGAUAAACUAGCAAUAAUGAAAUUGAUUAAGAGCACAGCUUAUAUCUAUUCCAUAUAAGUUUGGGAAUGGAAACCACAUUGAGGAAGCAUUUAUAGUGUAGUUUGGCUGCCUCGGCACCAUUUGUUCUUCUCCUCUCCCACCUCCUGGAAAAAGUUUGGCCCGAGACACACAGACAGCGGUUUUCUUUCCCCAAAGGCCAACCAGGAUGCAAGGCGCCGCCGUCGAGGGGAGGAGUAGGGAUUCGCCGGACAAGGCCGGCGAGAGCGCCAAGAAGGCGCGGCUGGACCUGCCCGAAGGCCAUGUGAGGCAAGAGGCGGCCGGAGGAGGAGACGGAGGCGCCAUCGUCGCGGCGGCGUACAGCCCGCGAGUGGAGCUCGCCGUGAGGAUCGACAAGCAAGUGCUCCACUGCCCCCUCUGCACCGUCCCCUUCAAGCCUCCCGUAUUCCAGUGCAAAGCGGGGCACCUGGCCUGUGGUAGCUGCGUGGCCCAGCUGCCCUUUGGGCAGUGCAAGCCAUGCGUGAACGGCGGCGGCUUCUUCAACCCCUGCCCUGCGCUGGAUGCCGUGGUGUCCUCUACCAGGAUCGGGUGCCCCAACGCCGGCUGCCAAAGGUACGUGACCUACCACGAGGUCGCCGAGCACCAGAAAGCGUGCCCGCACGCGCCCUGCCACUGCAUGGAGCCCGGCUGCGGCUACGCCGGCGCGCCGCAGGCGCUCGCCGGCCACCUCUACACCAUCCACUCGGUGCCGGUGCGCGCCGUGCAGUACGGCAAGGUCAGCAAGUUCCAGCUACCGGUGUCGGCACCGCGGCUGGUACUCCUCGGCGACGAUAACAACCACGUGUUCGUCCUGACCGUGGGCGCGCUCGGCGCCGGCGCGGCCGCCGUGUCGGUGGUGUGCGCCAGGGCGAGGGCGGCGACGCGGCCCCGAUUCACGUGCAAGAUGUGGGUCAACCUGGAGCGGCCCCCGGCGGCGGCGGCGAACUGCAGCAAGCAGGACAUGGUGCUGGUGGACAUGCAUAUAAGGAGCAGCUCGUCGCCCGGCGCGGUGGCCGCCGCGGACGAGCCGACAUUCCUGCCGGUGCCGCGGAUGUACCUGGUUCCAGCAGCAGCAGGGGAGGGGGUGCCCAUGGAAGUUCCCCUGCACAUCCGCAUCGACAAGGUCUCCCCUUGGUCCGUGUGAUCAGGUCCACCGCUUCUGUGUUGAUGGGAAACAAACGAUGCAUUCAAGGCAGUUCGUGCUUUCUUAUUUUGGAGUUGCAGCUGAAACUAUUCGGGUGAUGUUAAUUAUAGUAGAUACAGUUCAUCUUUAAUGUUAUUGUAGGGUACUGUAUUUAAGUCGGAGGAUAUUAUGCUUGGUGCUAAUCCUGUCGUGAAA